AUGGCGAUGUUUGAAGAAGAAGAGGAAAUCCUUGAUUCGAUCGCCUCGGAUGGUGAACAUGGCGCUUCAUUGUGUGACAAGAUUCUGGAUGAUAACCUGGAGUUGGAUGGGUUUGAAGAGGAAAUCUCAUCAACUGGCAUUGUUGAACUGGAAACUUCGACUUCACAGAUUUCAACUUCUGGAAUUGAGACGGCGACAAAAACGUUUAGUGAUGACAAAGUCGAGGGAUCAAAGUUGAACGAACUGUUUGAAGUGGCCCUUGAACAAGGAAAGGCUGAAGAUCCCACAGGCUCUACUCAAAAGAAGCUCUUUGCAUUUCCUCGAAUGCCACGUCCAGUCAAAGUCAAUCCACCAUUUGAACCCUUUGAAAAUCGUUCACGCGAAGUGAAAGUCGAGGACCCAAACUUGGUUAGUGAUUCUUUUGGCCGAAUUGUGGAAAAGAAGUACAGUCGUUGUCAUUGG